GCGGACAGCCCAGCGCCCGCGAGGCCCGGACGAGGCGGCGAUGGCGGCGGCGCUGCGCGGGCCCGGCGCGCGCUUCCGGUGGCGGCUGGCGGCGGCGGCGGGCGGGGCAGGGGGCGCGGCGCGGGGCGCGGCAGGGCAGCGGGACUAUGAUCUCCUGGUAAUUGGUGGGGGAUCCGGUGGCCUGGCUUGUGCCAAGGAAGCCGCUCAGCUGGGGAGGAGGGUGGCCGUGGUGGACUACGUGGAACCUUCUCCCCGAGGCACCAGGUGGGGCCUCGGUGGCACCUGUGUCAACGUGGGCUGCAUCCCCAAGAAGCUGAUGCACCAGGCGGCGCUGCUGGGGGGCAUGAUCCGAGACGCCCGGCACUACGGCUGGGAGGUGGCCCAGCCCGUGCCACACAGCUGGAGGAAGAUGGCAGAAGCUGUUCAGAACCACGUGAAGUCCCUGAACUGGGGACACCGCGUCCAGCUGCAGGACAGAAAAGUCAAGUACUUUAACGUCAAAGCCAGCUUUGUCAACGAGCACACGGUUCGCGGUGUCGCCAAAGAUGGGAAAGAGACUCUGCUUUCAGCCGACAACAUCGUCAUCGCCACUGGAGGGCGGCCGAGGUACCCCACGCACAUCGAAGGUGCCCUGGAAUAUGGAAUUACAAGCGACGACAUCUUCUGGCUGAAGGAAUCCCCUGGAAAAACGUUGGUGGUCGGGGCCAGCUACGUGGCCCUGGAGUGUGCCGGCUUCCUCACCGGGAUCGGGCUGGACACCACCGUCAUGAUACGCAGCGUCCCCCUCCGCGGCUUCGACCAGCAAAUGUCUUCCCUGGUCACGGAGCACAUGGCGUCUCACGGCACCCGGUUCCUGAGGGGCUGCACCCCCUCCCAAGUUAGGAGGCUUCCGGCUGGCCGGCUCCAGGUUACCUGGGAGGACCGCACCUCCGGCAAGGAGGACACAGACACCUUUGACACCGUCCUGUGGGCCAUAGGUCGAGUUCCGGAAACCGGAAGUCUGAAUUUGGAGAAGUCUGGGGUGAAAACCAGCCCCGACAGCCAGAAGAUCCUGGUAGACUCCCGGGACGCCACCUCCGUCCCCCACAUCUACGCCAUAGGGGAUGUGGCGGAGGGGCGGCCCGAGCUGACGCCCACGGCCAUCAUGGCCGGGAGGCUGCUGGCCCAGCGGCUGUUCGGCCGGUCCUCGGCCCUGAUGGACUACGACAACGUCCCCACGACCGUCUUCACCCCGCUGGAGUACGGCUGUGUGGGGCUGUCGGAGGAGGAGGCUGUGGCUCGCCAUGGCCAGGAGCACGUGGAGGUUUAUCACGCAUAUUAUAAACCACUGGAGUUCACAGUGGCUGAACGGGACGCGUCCCAGUGUUACAUAAAGAUGGUGUGCCUGAGGGAGCCCCCGCAGCUGGUGCUGGGCCUGCACUUCCUCGGCCCCAACGCGGGCGAAGUCACCCAAGGAUUUGCUCUGGGGAUCCGGUGCGGUGCCUCCUACGCGCAGGUGAUGCGGACGGUGGGCAUCCACCCCACCUGCUCCGAGGAGGUGGUCCGGCUGCGCAUCUCCAAGCGCUCGGGCCUGGACCCCACAGUGACGGGCUGCUGAGGGUAAGCCGCCGUCCCUGCCCCGCUGAGGGCACACGGCGCACCCGAACCGCCAGGCUGCUCGAGGACGUGGAUCCAGGACGGUGGAGGCCAGGCCCGCGAGAUGGCCGGCGAUGGACAGCCCGUGUGCCCUGCAGGGAUGGCUCCAGGGGGCUGUGAGCCCCCACACCUGCGCCUCCCACCCCUCCGGCCUGGGCCAGCGCCCCCAGGCUCCCGAUGCCAGAUGAUGACGGCCUGGGCAGAAACCCGCCCCGUGGGCUGCCCAUGUCCGAGUUCCCCUGGCGUUUCCGCGUGCAAAUAAAGAGUUUUCCUGAA